AUGGCUCAGGCGGCGUCGGUGGUGUCCCGAUUAGCACGCACCGCCGGGCGCCAGGCGGUGACGUCGGUGCGCGGCGCCAUGCGGUCCCGGCUCGCGGACAGCUUCGCGCAGGAGACGGUGGACGAAAUCUUCGCGUUCGCGCUCAAGAAGCAGACGGGGGUGAGCCUGAAGUACAUGCUGGACUUCGGGGCCAACCCGAUACAGCACCAGAUGAUACUGUCCGCCCAGUUCCUGCACCGGGAGCUGCCGGUCCGCCUGGCGCACAGGGUCGCGGAGUUGGAGAACCUGCCCUACGGGCUGUCGUCGAAACCACACGUGCUCAAGGUUCGUGACUGGUAUGUGGAGUCGUUUCUUAACCUUCGAGCAUUCCCUGCAGUCAAAAACAUUCAAGAUGAAAAGAAGUUCACGGAGCUUCUGCAAUUGAUUUACUCCCGUCAUGCCAAUGUGGUGCCCCUGAUGGCAAAAGGGGUUGCCGAGCUGAGGCACGAGCUAGCCAGCGAAGUGGGUUUGAACGAGCUGCCAGAGAUACACCAAUUCUUGGAUGGUUUCUACUUGAGCCGCAUAGGAAUACGGUUCCUCAUAGGCCAGCAUAUCGAAUUGCAUGCCAAGCCUAUGGAGAAUCACAUCGGAAUGAUCUGCACAAGGUGUUCCCCAUGGAGGGUGUCUCAAGAUGCCAUCGAUGAUGCCCGUUCCAUCUGUCAAAGAGAGUAUGGCACAGCGCCUGAGGUGGAGAUAUACGGUGACUCCGGGAUCACUUUCGCCUACGUCCCAUCCCAUAUACACAGUAUGGUCUUUGAGCUGGUUAAAAAUUCGCUCAGGGCUGUCAACGAUCGCUUUAAUGAGCAAGAGUCACCUGCCAUAAGGCUGGUCGUUGCUGAGGGCGCAGAAGAUGUCACCAUUAAGGUAUCCGACGAGGGAGGUGGGAUCCCCAGGAGCGGCGUUCCGAGGAUCUGGACCUACCUUUAUUCCACAGCUCCAUCUCCUCUCCCCAUCAUGGACGACGAAGGUUCCGAUGGCCCAACAGUAUUGGCUGGCUACGGCUAUGGCCUGCCGCUCAGCCGGCUGUAUGCGCGUUAUUUUGGAGGCGACUUGCAAGUGAUUUCAAUGGACGGAUAUGGAACUGAUGCCUAUCUGCAUUUAAAUCGACUGGGGAACAUGCAGGAGCCACUGCCUUGA